AUGGCGAACAACCAACGCACCGCCCUCGUAACAGGCGGAGCAGGAUUCAUCGGGUCGCAUCUUGUCGACGCGCUGGUCGCCCGCGGCGACAGUGUCGCCGUGAUCGACGACAUGUCGACCGGAAAGUCCGGGUAUCUGAAUCCCGCCGCUGAACUCUACGGGAUGGACAUCGGGGACGACGAUGUAAGCAACGUCAUGAAGGCCGUCAGGCCCGACGUGGUGUUUCACGUCGCGGCCCAGAUCAGCGUCUCUGUCUCGGCGAGGGAGCCAAAGUUCGACGCCGAGACCAACAUUCUGGGAUCGCUGAAUAUUCUCGACGCCAUGAACGCCGCGGGCGCUCCGAAAAUGGUGUUCGUUUCGACCGGUGGAGCGAUGUACGGGGAACCGGAGACGCUGCCGGCGCCGGAAACUCUUCCUGCACGCCCGGCGGCGCCUUAUGGCGCAUCCAAACUGGCCGUGGAAAACUACCUGCCUGUUUAUAAGAUGCUACGCGGAAUUGACUAUUCGAUCAUCCGGCCGGCAAACGUCUAUGGGCCUCGACAGGACCCGCACGGUGAAGCCGGAGUCGUGGCGAUUUUCACCCGUGCCAUGCUCGCCGGUCAGCCUGUCCGGAUAUUCGGGGACGGCACAGACGAACGGGACUACGUAUACGUGGAAGAUGUCGUGGACGCCCUGAUUCGGGCGUCCAACUGCCCGGGCACCGGUCCUUACAAUAUCGGAUCGGGUUUCGGUACGUCCGUAAACGACAUUGCGUCAAGACUGGCCGGGCUCACCGGGUACAGUGGCGAGCCUGAGCGCUUACCCCCAAGACCGGGAGACUUGCGGCGGAUCAGUCUGGACGCCUCCCUUGCAAAAAAGGAUCUCGGAUGGUCGCCGACCACAAGCCUGAACGACGGCCUGCGCCAGACCGUCGACUGGUUUCGCUCAGAAAUGAGCGCCAGAGCUUGA